AUGAGCACCAAGCCUGACGUGAUUCAAAAGUGUUUGUGGCGUGUGUUCCUUGUGGUUCUGUUCACCACCAGCAUCCUACCUCUGGACUGUAACUUACUGACUGUUCACCUGAGGGGAGUCACCUGGCAAAAUCUGAGACUUCUGAGCAGUAUGAACAACUCAUUUCCUACAGAAUGUUUAAAAGAAAACAAAGCUUUUGGGUUACCCCAAGAGAUCCUAUCAUACACCAAGCCUGGGAAAAAGGACAUCAAGGAGACCUUCUAUGAAGUGUCCAUACUAGCCUUCAACAUCUUCAGUCAACACACCUUCAAAUCCACUUGGGAAUAAAUACACCUGAAACAAAUCCAAACAGGACUUUGUCAGCAAGUGGAGUACCUGGAACAAUGCUUGAAGGAAGAGGAGAAUGAAAAUAAAAACAUGAGGGAAAUGAAAGAGGAAGAGAUGAAACCCUCAGGAGCUAGAGUCCCUCAGCAGAGCAACCUAGAACUGAGGAGGUAUUUCAACAGGAUAGUCAAUUUCCUGAAAGGAAAGGAGUACAGUCACUGUGCCUGGGAGAUCCUCCAAAUGGAACUCAGAUGAUGUUUCUACUACUUUUGGAAAUUCACAGUGCUACGUAGGAGGAAAUAG